CUCUUUAAUUUCUCAUCCCGAAACCUAACGCCAGCGUUUCCGGCGAGUUAGACCGGACUCCGGCGGCACAGCAAUUACAAGUUUCUCGGUGGCAAUCAUGAAGGGAGAAGAUUCCAAUUUAGAUAUAAUGCCUCCAAGGAAGAAGAAGAACACAGGACCCAACAAGAUGAGUGAUAAGCUCAACUUAAAGAAGACGACUUUGAGCAAAUCUCAGAAACGUAAGCUGAAGAAAAUUGAGGAAGAGAAGGAGAAAGAGCUCCUCUCUGCCAAAACUGCCGAGUUGUUAGACAAGUAUAAAAUAUCUGAAGAUGUGUCUUUGCUUUUACAAUCUUCAAAAGCUAUAGGAAGAUCUGAUACGAAGCUGGAGAAACGUAGGAGACCAAUGCAACUAUCUAAAGCUGGUGUUUUGUCUGAUGAACCUGUCAAGGAAAAUGACGACUCUGAUUCUUUUAUGGACGAUGAGCCUACCACACCUGUGGCUCUUCAAACUGAUUCUGACCAACGUAUCCAUGACAAUGAACUCGAUUCCAAAGUGAUCAUCUCUGCUGAAGAGGUCCGUGAAGAAGAUGAAACUAAGAUCCGUGAAGAAGAUGAAACUAUGUUUAAGAAUCUACAGACAACUCGUCGUGAUGAUGAUUAUGAAGAAGGCUUACAAAGAAUGGAUGAGAGUGAAGAUGUAACUCUAAAAGGACCUGCGUUUGUAGUUCAUGUUUCAAGACCAGCUGAAGUUGAAGAGACGAGGAAGGAGCUUCCUAUAAUAAUGAUGGAGCAGGAGAUCAUGGAGGCUAUUAAUUAUCACCCCACUGUUAUUAUUUCUGGAAAGACCGGUUGUGGUAAAACCACUCAAGUUCCUCAGUUCCUUUAUGAAGCUGGUUAUGGUUCAAAGCAAGUCAGUUCUCGGAGCGGGGUUAUCGGUAUUACACAGCCACGCCGUGUGGCUGUCCUCGCCACUGCCAAGAGGGUGGCUCAUGAGCUUGGUGUUCGUCUCGGCCAAGAAGUAGGGUUUCAAGUUAGGUACGACAAAAAGAUUGGCGAGAACUCAGCUAUCAAGUUUAUGACCGAUGGGAUUCUAGUCCGUGAAAUUAAGGACGAUCUCUUACUGAUGCGUUACUCGGUGAUAAUUCUCGAUGAAGCUCAUGAAAGAAGCUUGAACACAGACAUUCUAAUUGGGAUGCUCACUCGAUCCAUCAAAAUGCGACAGGAACUCUACAGGGAUCAACAGAAGCAUCUACAAGCUGGAGGCACAAUAGCAUCAAAAGACGUUAUCUGGCCGCUUAAACUUAUAUUGAUGAGUGCAACUUUGCGAGUAGAAGAUUUCGUAUCGGGGCAAAGGUUGUUCCCUAAGCCACCUCCUGUAAUAGAGGUUCCCACUCGACAGUACCCGGUGACUAUACAUUUCUCCAAGAGGACCGACGAGUUUAAUUAUAUGGGUGAAGCUUAUAAGAAAGUGAUGUCGAUUCACAAAAAGCUACCACAAGGAGGGAUACUUGUGUUUGUGACGGGACAGAGAGAAGUUGAGAAUCUAUGCGAGAAGUUGCGUAAGUCUUCAAAUGAACUUGUUGCUCAAGCUGCUAGAAGAGAUGCUUCUGAGAAGGAGAAGAAACUGGAUGAUGAUGAUGAUGAUGGUUCGUUUGGUGGUGUUGACAUGAAGGAGAUUGCUGAAGCAUUUGAUGAUGCCUCCAACACUCAAGAUUACAGGUUUAACUCGUUUGGAGAAGAUCCUUAUGAAACUGGUAAUGGUGAAUACGAUGAUUUUGAUGAAGAAAACAUGUAUGAGUCUGAUGAAGAAAGCGACUGGGAAACAAUUGAUGACGACGGCGGCCUUGCGAGUUCACUUGUGGAAAAUGGGAAAAAGGUUGAUGCUCUUCGUGCAGCGUUUAAAGCUUUGGCAGACAAAAAAGGAUCUGAAUCUACUGAGACAACAACGUCGUCCACUGAAGCCGAGGAGGAGAAGAAACCAUUUACUCCAGGGAAGCUACGUGUUCUUCCACUAUAUGCAAUGCUCUCUCCUGAUGCACAGCUCCGAGUGUUUGCGGAAGUUGAGGAAGGAGAAAGACUUGUGGUUGUGGCAACUAACGUAGCGGAGACUUCUCUGACCAUUCCGGGGAUAAAGUAUGUGGUUGAUACUGGCCGUGCCAAGGCUAAGAGCUACGAUAUCAAGACUGGUAUGGAUGCAUAUGAGGUUGAUUGGAUCAGUCAAGCUUCGGCUAGUCAACGAGCUGGAAGAGCCGGACGUACUGGACCUGGCCACUGUUACCGUCUCUAUUCAUCUACGGUUUUUAGCAACACGUUUGAGGAAUCAUCCCCUCCUGAAAUCACCAGAGUUCCUAUCGAUGGAGUCGUUCUUCAAUUGAAAUCUAUGAACAUUCCAAAGGUUGAGAACUUCCCGUUUCCGACACCGCCUGAGCCAUCAUCUAUUAAACAGUCAGAAAGAUGCUUAAAGGCUUUAGAGGCUCUCGACAGCGACGGGAGGCUAACACCGCUAGGGAAUGCUAUGUCUAACUAUCCCAUGAGUCCACGUCACUCGAGAAUGCUUCUCACAGUCAUCCAAAUGCUGAAAGAGGCAACUAACUACUCCCGGGCGAAUCUCGUCCUUGCGUACGCGGUUGCAGCAGCAGCUGCGUUGAGUUUAGAGAACCCUUUGAUAAUGCAGUUUGGAGAAGAGAAACAAAACGAGUGUGAAGAUGAUAAGCAACGGAAAAAGGAUCGGAAAGAUAAAAUCAAAGCUGCUCGCGACAGAUUCUCCAACCCUAGGAGCGACGCUUUGACCGUAGCUUACGUGUUGCAUUCCUAUGAGGUCGCGGAGGAUGGCCCGGGCCUCUUCUGCGAGACCAACGGCUUGAAUAUGAAGACGAUGAACGAGAUGUCUAAGCUCAAAGCCGAUCUUCUGCGGCUUGUAUUCAGGUCCUCCGAAACUGAAAACCUUUACACAUGGACUCAUGGGACUAUACAAGACGUGGAGGAGUCAUGGAGAAACGCCGCGUCGUCGAAAACCCCGCUUUUGCAGAAGGAAGAAGAGCUCUUGGGAGAAGCCAUAUGCGCUGGAUGGGCAGACCGUGUAGCGAGAAAGACUAAAUCCACCCAGUACCAAGCGUGCGCGGUUCAAGAAGAGCCUGUUUACUUGCACCGCUGGUCUUCUCUCAUAAACUCUGCCCCGGAGUUACUAGUCUACAGCGAGCUCCUACGAACCAACAAACCGUACAUGCACGGAGCGACGCGUGUGAAGCCGGAGUGGCUGGUGAAACACGCAAAGUCUCUGUGCGUGUUCUCCACGCCGCUCAAGGACCCGAAACCGUAUUACUCAAGGGAGCUGGACAGAGUUUUCUGCUGGGUGGUUCCUAGCUUCGGCCCUCAUCUUUGGGAGCUUCCGGCUCACAGCGAGGCAGUAAAUGAUGAUAUGUACCGAGCAGCGGUUUUUGGAUAUGCUUUGCUUCGAGGAGAGGUGUUGCCUUGUUUGAAAAGCGCUAGGGCGUUGAUGGCUGGAAAGCCUGAAACGCUGUUGGAAAGAGAAGGUUGGGGUUUAGAGAGAGUUGGGAGUUUGGUGAAAGCGUUGAAAGAGAAGAAGAUUGAUAGUUUGGGGAGUUUGAAAAAGAGAUGGGAACAGAAUCCGAAUGUGCUCUACUCGGAGAUUGAAGCUUGGUUUCAGAAGAAGUCUCGUCAUCAUGUUAAAGAGCUUUGGCAGAGAAUGCUGCAGGAGGCUAAGGUGAACGUUCCUGGGAAGUUGAAGAGGCCAGUCAUCCCUAUUGAACGUUCUGAUGAUGAAAAGUUGAAGAGGCCAAGGGCUAAAGUGUGUUUUGAAUAAGAAUCAGUAAAACAUAGAACUAUGAAAUUUAUUUGAGACGAGUGCUAA